UUUUGAACAAUUAUUCAGUCGAUCGUGAUCGAAGAGCUCGAUCGAGGUGUGUCCUGGUGUCCGGAUAAAGUUGUAAAAUGUCUUCGUUUCCACUCCUGCCCGGAGAUGCAUCUUAUGAAGUAAUCUACCCCCAUGGGUCUAUCGAUGUCCAACUACAGAAACCUAGACCACCAUCAGCAGCCUAUUUGGUUGUGGGAGAGUUAUCACUUCUCCAAACCGAAGGCCUUGCAGAGUGCAUCAGCGCAAUCAAUGAGAAUGUGUCACCUGAGCUCUUCAAGAGUGCAGUUGCGCAGCUAUCGCCUGGCGAAAGCUUCGGAGACUCGUGCUCUGUACUGCUCAAGCUGAUCACUGUGGCUGCUCUGCCCACCCUAGCAAGCCGCCACAACUCCGCUGCUCUGCCACAUGCCAUCAAGGCAGCAGUAGAGAAAGCACCACGUGCUACAAGCCGGAUAAUCAUCGUUGUGUGCAACAAGGAUGGCCUGUACUCCUCAGGCUGUGCAGUUGCCCGCGCUUUCCCACGCUACUCGCAAAAGGCUGCCAGUCGGAGCGUCGAAAGCGUUGACGUUGUCUUCUUCCGCACUGACGAGGAUGUUCCAUCACGGGGCCUGUCUGAGGAGGAUGCUUUCGCUUUCUCUGUUUCUGGACAAAGCAUUCGCAUGACGCAAAGUAUCGUGGAUCGGCCCUGUAAUCUGAUGCACACGGAUGCCUUCGUAGAUCUGGCUCGUGACGUUGCAAAGUUUACUGGCUGUGACAUUCAUGUUGUCCGUGGCCAAGAACUCGAUAAACAAGGGUUUGGAGGUAUCUAUGGUGUUGGGAAAGCAGCUGACCAUCCUCCUGCGAUGGUGGUACUGAGCCAUCGUCCGGCUGAUGCAGAACGCACCAUUGCCUGGGUGGGCAAGGGUAUUGUCUAUGACACUGGUGGACUUUCUUUGAAGCCAAAGGGGUUCAUGGCUGGAAUGAAGCGAGACUGUGGUGGCGCUGCUGGCAUUUUGGGUGCAUUUGCCACUGCCGUCAAGCUGGGCUUCAAGGACAACCUGCAUUGCAUCCUGUGCCUAGCUGAGAACGCCGUGUCGCCGAUUGCCACACGUCCAGACGACGUACAUGUGAUGUACUCGGGACGAUCUGUUGAGGUGAACAAUCCCGAUGCAGAAGGCAGACUUGUCUUGGCGGAUGGUGUGCACUAUGCUUCCAAGGACCUGAACGCUGACGUUGUUUUGGAUAUGGCAACGUUAACUGGUGCUCAGGGUAUCGCUACUGGCCGUUAUCAUGGUGCACUGCUGGCCAAUAACGAAGACUGGCAGGAUGCUACAUGCCGUGCUGGUCGUGUCAGCGGAGACCUAGUGUUUCCAGUUCCAUUCACACCAGAACUUCACAUGCCUGAGUUUUCCAGUGCCGUUGCUGAUAUGAAGAACUCUGUUGAGCGUCGUGACAAUGCACAGCCGUCCUGUGCAGGCCUGUUUAUUCAUGCUCAUCUCCUGAAGGACUACACCGGUGCUUGGAUUCACGUGGACAUGGCUGGACCAGUACACCAGGGUGAAAGGGCAACUGGCUACGGUGUUGCGCUUCUUGUCUCCCUAUUUGGAUCCUGCACGAAUAGCUCGCUCCUUCAUUUCAUUGCUCCAAGUCUACCGUCGACUGGAGCAUCAGAUGAGCCACCACGGAAGCGCCGUUGUUAAGAGUGUUAGCCAGCUCUGUAUCAUGUAGUGCACAGCAUCACUGCUGCUGCGUUGUGUAGUUUGGACUUCAGCUUUCAGACAGUCUAGCUGUUCGGGCUCUUCAUAUCUACUGCUAACGGUAAUGCUGGAUGAUUCUGUGUCGGCUUGCUGCAUGUUCAAUUCCGCAAGGGGAUUGCAUUGCAUUGCUCGUGCAUGCUCACGGUUGCAUGCACUUACGCGUGCAUGUUGUGACUUCUGAUGCUUUUUUAAACUACUAGUAGGUAAUGUCUUUGGGAAAUUAUUCUAAUUGAGCACUCGCCUUCUGCUUUUUCUAGCUAUCCCUACUUCUCAUUGUUUUUCAUUGGCAUUUAGCAGUAGGCAGCUGCUUGCCCUCUGCUUUCUGGUGCUAUCUUUAAUUUAUGCUAGGCUACUUUUAGUAGAAACACUUUCUGUAAGGCACUGGAGAGUUUAACGAA